AUGUCGACAGCCACGCAGACUCCACCGUCUGAAAAGACACUGCAAGAGAAGAUCGAACACCUCGGUGAACUCGUCAGAGAUCCCAAAUCUGACUUGGGCUCUGAUGAAUUGCCACAUCUUCCCGAGCUCAUCGAUGAUUGGUACAAUACCGAUGUCGAUGUUACCAAAGAAGAGUUCCAUCAAAGAAUCUUACGAGUUUUUAAAGAUUCCAAGCAUGAGCAGGUUUACAAUAGCGUCAUGGAUCAAUUGCCUAAUGAAACGCGAAAAGUUCUUGAGGAUUUCAUCGAUGGCCAAAAGACUGCUGAUGAAGCUGGAAAAGCCAUCAAGGAGGUUGCACCUCUAGAGCUUGGGGUGUCAGGUACCAGCUCUCAUGUUCAGACCUUCUCUAUGAUGGCACAGCAGGUGACUCCACCUGGCAAAACCAAGGGCAAGGAAACCAAGGACUUGACCUUUCAGAAUUGGGGUCGCACAGUCAAGAACACGCCGACGGUCACGUAUUACCCCGAGACUGUCGCCGAGAUCAUCGAGAUUGUUUGUGAUGCUGUUGCCAAGAACAAAGGCAUCCGUGUUGCCGGUUUCCGGCAUUCAUGGGCACCCGUUUUCGGGAGGAAUAACAAGGCUGGCCAGUCUACCAAUGGCGAUGUGUUGAUCUCUACCUUGACUGAGACCAACGCAAGCAGGUUGCCCAAUCUCACUUCGGUUCCAACCAACCUCUUUCAGCCCAAGGACACGGAGCUUAACGCGAUCAACGUUAUCACUGACCCCAAAUUUGUAGGAGCUCCGGCUCUGAAGAAUGGCGGGAAGUAUGUUCAGGUUGGAACAGCGACCACGAAUGAAAAGUUCCGACGGUGGUGCAUCAACACGGGAAAUGUCACUUUGCCUAUGAACAUUAUUGAGGUGGAGAUAACCUUUGGCGGUAGCAAUGCUACAAUUUGUCACGGCGCGGGCAUUAACAACCCAACCUUGAGCGAUCUUGUCCGACGAAUCGACUACAUCGACGUCAACGGCAAAGAACGCUUCGUCAACAUGUCCGAUCCCACGCUUCUCAAGGCCGCAAGCGGAUGCUUCGGUCUUCUUGGUGUCGUCACUUACAUCACCUUUGAAUGCGACGCAAUGUGUACCGCCGUCAUGCGUCCAGUCAAACUCGACGUUAUCGACGCUAUCCCGCCGCCGCCCGAGAUGAAAGACUCAGAUAUCCCCGCUGCCCUUCGCCAAAAGCGCACACAGGCUCAAAAGGACGAUGCGGUCCGUGAAUUUGAGCGUCGUGCGAAUGAGGACUUUUAUGCAGAGUGGUUCUGGUUUCCUUACUCGCAGCAGGUCUGGGUUAAUACCUGGAAGACUGACACGGACACCAAGAACGUGGUUAACUACCCCAGUAAUGCAAAGACGUUGUAUCAAGUUGCCAGCACCGCAAUCAUGAACAUGGCUCAAGAGAUUGGAAAGCAUAUCCAUGCUUUACAAGUUGCGCCUCAGACGCAGACUUCCCUCCUUUCUUGGCUCGCAGUGAAGAACUUUGACGAUGUCAAAGGAACCAACAAGUCAAUUAGAACCCUGCUGCCUAACGCUCUUCAUUUCCAGCGCGGCGUCCAGAAUAUUCGGGUCCGCAAUCUGGAAGUUGAGAUGGCUCUUGACUCAAAGAAGGGCAAGCCUAAUGAGAGAGACUACACCAACGUCAGACGUGCUUGGUGGGACGUCAUCAAGACAUGCUACGCCAACGCCAAAACAUCCCCUAUGCGCAUGCCCAUGGAGAUGCGCAUAAUGGGUUCCAGCGAAGUCAUCCUCGCACCGCAGCGAGGCAACAAGCUUGGAACAUGCGCCAUCGGCAUUUUGACUCUGGAGGCUGUAUCCGACAUCUGGGUCCCUUAUGCGCAGCAAGUCCUUGACAAGUGGACGAGCUACAAGACCAACGAUGGGAAACCUGUGGUGGUGAAGCCUCAUUGGGCUAAGGAAUGGUACAUGUACAAGGUUGGCGGUAAGCCUUGGAUGGAGAAGUUGGUCAAGGAAGAUUACAAGGAGGAGAUCGCGGAGUUCCAGGCGCUGAUGACCGCUAUCGGCAAGAAGCAUGGCUGGACGCUUGGGGAUAUCAAGAGGACCUUUUCUAACGAUGUCCUUGACAAUACCUUCUUGGGCGGCGUUGCUAUCUCUAAGCCACAGCAAGCUGCGAAGUUGGUGAAGACUGUUCAGGUUCAGGUACAUGAAAUCCCUGCGGAUACAGUCUCAGAGGUAUCUAUUUAA